AUGCAUCCCCUCUGGGCCGUCGGUAUCGGCUCCGUCCUUCUGGCGCCUGUCCAGGGUUUCCCUCAUUCUAGUUCAUUUGCUGUGUCCUGCUCGGGCAAUUGCUCGUCGUCAAUCGUUAGCCCGACUGGUUCGGUUCCGGUGACUCUGAGCGAUACGACUGCUGAAGUUGCAACUACUGAGGCUGCGACUACUGAGGAUGCAGCUACCGAAGAUGAAACUACCGAGGCUGCAGCUACUGAGUCCGCAGUUUCGACGGACACAGGAUCAGUGCCUGUCAUUCCAUCUCCAUCCGUUUCGGCAGAUGGAGAGACUACUUCAGUGCCGGUGAUCCCUACGUCGGGGGGCGUCACCUCUCCGUCGUUGGACUCGUCUGCAUUGACUGCAUCCACGGCUGUGACGAGUGAACCUGCUUCUGAGUCAGAGUCAGAUGCCACCGCUUCUGAUCCUACCGAGCCCGCCACAACUGAUUCUGAGCCUGCUACAGGUUCCGAGUCUGCCACUUCCAGGUCGUUGAUCUCGUCUGCUGCAACGGGAUCUACGGUUGUCACUCCAUCUCCCGGGUCUACUGGCUCGGCAACUACAGGGUCUGAAGCCGUGACGUCGGGGUCUUUGAUCUCUGCAUCGACGGCAUCAACGGCUGUCACGAGUGAGCCUCUUACAUCGUCUGCCUCAAAUGCUACCGCUCCCAUCAAUUCUACAGAGCCCGCAACCACUGGCUCUGAACCUACCACUUCCAAGUCGUUGAUUUCGUCUGCUUCAGCAGGGUCUACAGCUGUGUCUAGCCCUAUAACAACCGAUGCAUCCGCUACGACCCCGGAGUCCACAUCCAGCUCAACCGGCACUGAACCUUCGGCCGAAUCUUCCACCGAAUCUUCGAAUGAGUCAACAGAAACAGCAGGCGAGUCUACCACCGACGCCCCCUCGACCGACUCCCCCUCGACCACCGAGAGCCUCUCGACCAUCACUUCAGCCUCCGUUUCCCUCGAAACGGUGGCCACGCUCCCCGGCAUCACGGACAACACCAUCCUCGAGACCACCAAAGACGGCCACAAGACCAAGGUUCCCGUGUUCUAUAACUGUGACUGGUGCAAUGGAAUCGUGGUCCUGUGGGGAAUGGGGGCUGCCAAUGGCAUCUAUCCCCCACCAGGACCUGGAUGGCCAACUGUCACCAUCGAUGACGGCAGCCCGACUGCCGAGCCUACGCCUGAUGGUGAUGACCCGGAUGACGACCCCGAGCCUGAACAGACGGCGUCAGACAGCAGACCGACCGAGACGGCCAAGAAGACUUCCGCCGAGGAGUCAUCCAGCAGCUCUACCCAGUCUUCAAGCACUGCUGAGUCCUCGAGCACCACCCCGUCUUCGACGUCAGCUGCGUCAACCACCUCCACGCCGUCUUCGACCUCGAGCACGCCCUCCUCAACCACUUCUCCAUCCACCUCCACGCCCAGCUCGACCUCAACCUCAGCCGAUGUCUGCACGCCCAGGCCCCGACAGACGAUAACCUGGCGCUCAAGAAGCACAACAUCCUCUCCCUCCUCCACCGCCGCCCCAUCCACCACCAGCGGCAGCACCCUAACAACUACCACCUCGCCAACCACCACCAAAGCCCCCUACACCGUGACGCAAGACAACAACGCCGUAGUCGCCUGCUCCGACUACAACGUCACCACCAUGUCCAACCCAUUCCGCGUCUGGCCCGUAGUUUCUGCCUUCACCAUGACCCUCUGCCAGGGCCAGAACUCCACCAUAUCGACCUACGUCCCGCCCACCACAAGCACGACCUCGACCUCCUCCACGCCCAGCUUCUCCGCCACGCCCACCGAGGAAGUCGCCUGCUUCGAGACGCACGGAUCCAGCGACGCAGACAAGCUCGUCCUCCAGGGCAACCUCGAGGAGGGCGUCGACGAGUACUGCCGUGGCGGCGACUCCGAGGACGAGAUCCGCUCGGACCCCGACAGCAAGUGGAAGGGGAGCGACCCGGUGCAGAAUAAUCGGUUCUUCGGCGGGUAUGUGUUCAACGACGAUGCGCCGGAAGAGUGUCAUCAGAUCUGGAACGAUGAUUCCACGUCGUUUGUGAACUCGUUGUGUUCGGAGCCGAUGCAGGCGAUUCGUGAGAAGUGUGAGUGGAAUGGUGGCAGGGUGAGGAAUGCUUGUGGACAGUGGUGGUUGGGAACAUGUCCGUUGGUGACUUCGCCGUAUAAGGGGUAUAAUAAGUGUGAGCCGAAUGAGCAGGAUACGAUUUGAUUUGAAGGAGUUGAGUUUGUUUUAGAGGGGGGAUGUUGUUAGGGG